AUGACUGAACCUAUUUCGAUACAAAAAGAUCCCUAUGCCUUAGCAUACCGGUACCGUGAGUAUAUGAAAGAGAAGCCCUGGAGUCCAAUGGAGCGCUGUAACCCAUACUACGAGAGGAUGCUCGCGAAUUUACCUGACCCUGACAUCAGUGCUACGGAUAACCGCUCACGCGCCAUUCGUUUGCUCGUUGUUAUUGGAUCUAGAAUACAUCCCCAAAUGCUCACCGCUUUUCAUCCAAGUUCUCAAUCAAGUAUACCGGCAUAUGAUGCGUCUAAGAAAAUGAAGCAUCUGCUUGUACAAGGACCGCGCGAACAUAAGACAAAUGCGCAAAACUCUACUGCACUAAUCGACACCACUGAUCCUCUCUGUUCGACGCACAUCAGUGAUGGCUUUCCCAAUACAAAGCCCUUUACUAACACCCAUCGUCCACAGAAAUUGCACUCUUUUGCCAACUCCCAACUUGCCGCCUUACAUGCCUCAUACAAGUCAUCCCCGUCGCACCUUCCUGAUCAGUCCCUUGGUUGUCGUUUAAUAUCCAUACCACGGCACAAGAGACCCGCGAACCUGGUCUAG